GUGACGUGCGAGAGUUCCGUCAGUGGAGCGGUGUCUGCCAUCCAGCCUACCCGGGCCAGCGGCUGCAUUACCCGCCGAGAAAUACCGACUGCGGUCGGUCCGAGGCAGACGAGCGAGGAUGCGGACGAUGAAAGAAGAAGAAGAAGAAGACAGCACGGGCGGUAGGGAGAACAUAUUGUUUUCCCACAGAUACAGAGAAGCGUGAUAAGACACUUAGGGUUCUAUUGUUCGAGGAAAUUGUUUUUUCUCCACCCGCGCCGCUGCGUCUCUCUUUGUGUGUGUUUCAAAAUGACCCGAAGCAACUUGGACAAGAGCAGGAACCAACCGCGAGGAGAGCCCCUCAUUUAGCUGCGGUGUACGCCGGAGACCGGGAGAGGGAGGAGUGGCAGCAAGAGGGGGCGGGGGGCUCCGAAAACCCGCAGGGUUGAAGAUUCCGUGGAGAUGGCCGAGAGCGAGAGGGCGUAACACGUCACGCGGGGACUGACCAAAGCGUUGCGGGGAUGUGGGCUAAAAGGAGCAGGGUUCGCAGCCAGCCCAUUGCAGCCUUGACACAAGCGAGCAGCGUCGACCCCGAGGGAAGAGAGGAGGUACGCCACACUGCACAUCUCACUCGAGGAAGUGACCAUUAUCAUAUCCUGAAUGAGGCAAGACAUAGAACAUGAUGUGCUCAUCUAAAGUUCCAAAGAGAAAUCUCUAAAGUCUCCAGAAGAAAUCAUUAGUCAUUACUCAGUGCCACCAGGAGCGCAUUUAACCUCCAUCCAUCCAUUUUCUGAGCCGCUUCUCCUCACUAGGGUCGCGGGCGUGCUGGAGCCUAUCCCAGCUGUCAUCGGGCAGGAGGCGGGGUACACCCUGAACUGGUUGCCAGCCAAUCGCAAGGCAGCAUUUAACCUGCGCUAUGUGAAAUUCCAAAGACUCCAACCAGACAUUGUACUUCAUCUGUCAGCUCCAAACAACUUUUACUUUUUGCAACCACAUGUUUGAGGUGACUGCAUGUGACUGCCGCCGCCGCCCAUUCUCGAGCAGCAGCUGCAGCAGCCCCCUGCAACCCCGAGCUGCACCAUGCAGUGGAGACGGCGUCAUUGCUGUCCCAUCAAGAUGACGUGGACCGCCAAGCGCUCACUAUUUCGGACCCAUGUGGCAGGCCUCCUGUCACUGGCGCUGCUCUUCACCCUCUUCUCAUUUUUCAGUCGGCAGGACUGGCUGCCUGGCCGUACCGGGCCACGGGAAAACCCUCUGGCCUACGCUGUCAGGGGUUUCCGCAAUUCCAGAGGGGAAGCCAACCAGAGUAGCUACCUUAGGAGCCUUUGGCGGGAGACGGGUUUUGUAGCAUCAAAGCCUCUGUUCAAUCUUAGUUCUCAGCAGGUAGAAGAGGCAGGAGGAGGACUUGGUGGAGGAGGAGGCGUCCGAAUGGCUGUAAUGGGACUUGGAGACUCCAUGAGUGCCAACAACAGUUUACAGAAGGAGAUGGGUGUGGGAGGGAGGCUCAGUGCUCAGCCUUACCGUUACAUCCUGAACCAGCCUUUCAAGUGCAGCGACAGCACACCAUUCCUCGUCCUACUCAUUGCUGCUGAACCAGGCCAGGCUGAUGCUCGUAAUGCCAUCCGGCAAACGUGGGGCAAUGACAGCGUAGCAAUGGGGCUGGGCUUCGUACGUCUCUUCCUGCUCGGCAUGGGAAAGAGCUCGGACACCUUCCUUCAGAGCACCAUUGAGGAGGAGAGCCGCGUUUACCGUGACAUAAUCCAGCAAGAAUACCAGGACACAUAUUACAACCUGACGAUCAAAACUUUAAUGGCCAUGAACUGGGUGGCUACAUAUUGCCCACGCGCCUCUUAUGUGAUGAAGACAGACAGCGACAUGUUUGUCAAUACAGAGUAUCUCAUUCAGAAGCUGCUUAAGCCCGAGCUGCCUCCCAAGCAGAGAUACUUCACAGGCUAUCUGAUGAGAGGCUACGCACCAAACCGAAAUAAGGACAGCAAGUGGUACAUGCCGCCAGAGCUGUACCCAAGUGAGCGUUACCCGACAUUCUGCUCUGGCACAGGGUAUGUGUUCUCAGGGGACAUGGCAGAACUCAUCUACCAGGCCUCACUCAGCAUCCGCAGGCUUCACCUUGAGGAUGUUUAUGUGGGAAUAUGCCUUGCAAAGUUGCGCAUAGACCCAACUCCACCUCCCAAUGAAUUUCUCUUUAACCACUGGAGGGUCUCUUACUCCAGUUGUAAGUACAGCCACCUUAUCACAUCCCAUCAGUUCCACCCAAAUGAACUUAUCAAGUAUUGGAAUCACUUGCAGAGUAACAAGCACAAUGCCUGUAUAAACUUGGCAAAGGAAAAGAAUGGCAGGUACAGGCACCGAAGGUUCCAUGGAGAGCGGCCUCCUUGAUAACUUGUACUUAAGAGAUGUGUGCAUCCUAAUCCUGAUGCAGGACUUUUUUGACCUCAGCACAACUCAUUAUACAGUAUAGGGAAAGCACAUUGUUUUUGGUAUUGUGUACAUUCGAUGUUUUGAACUUUUGUUUCUUUUUUUUUAGAGCGAAAUGUCAAGUAUUGUAUACAUAUACUUCUACAAGUAUUCUACAUCUGUGAUAUGGAGCAUGGGGACUGAAAGCUUGUAGAGUAUUCCACACAGAUAUCCAAUUAAAGCUUCAAAAGACACCAAUGUGUUUACACAGACAAAGGGAAAUGUAUUGUAUAUGUAUUUUGUUGAAAGUUAUACUACCUAAAUAUGAAUGAAAAUAUCUUUGGCGUUGA